CCCACGCUCAGUUUGGAACUGCGAGGCGAGUCUCAUUAACGCUGGAGAAUGGCAGCGAUACUUCGCUCUCGUUGUUUCGCGGCGUUGGGGGUGGCGCUGAUUGCCAUCCCGAAUUUCGUUCGUGCCGAGUGUGCGUCGGGGUCUUCUACGCUGACAACUGAGGGCUGUUCGGGAUGUGGCGACUACGAUGUGUGCCUCGGGUUCACGUCCGAUGACGAGUGUUCAGGUUCAGGCUGUGAGACGGACGGAGACUGCACGUACCAGUGUAUGGCCAUCGAUGGUAACCUCACCGUAGAGGUGUUGUUGAUUGAGUUCGGAGGGUUUAAAAGUGCCCAAGAAACGGCAAUGGGCGGCUACACUGCUGCCGACCUGGCUGGGUACCCAGAUUUUACAGAUACGUGGCCAUCGGCGAGCAAUGACGACGUCACUGCAGUCGGAACGAUCGAGUUAUCGGAUGCAGUUGAGACUUUCAUCGUGUCGGGAGGAAAUUCUGAUGUCAACUAUCCACAAGGAAAAGUCUCGAGCGUGACCAUAAUGUCGGACUUCAUUUCGUCAGCGACAGCGGUGACGAGAGUCGUGCUGCAGAACCUUGGACUAUCGGACCAGGCUGAUGAUCUACCGGGCUUUCUUCCGUCGACUGUGAAGAAUCUCGAACUGGCCAAUACGCUGCUGACGAAAUUCCCUGCGAACCUGGGGAAAAUUACAGCACUGGAGCAAUUGAUUUUGGACUACAACUACAUCACGACUGUGGACACUUUGGACGUGAUCGACUCCAUUACGACGUUGAGUCUGGAACGCAACAGCGUCAAGACUUUCACGGGCGUGUUUUCCAACCUUGAAUACCUAUAUCUUGGAGAGAACAACUUGAGCAGUAUCCCCACUGCCGUCUACAAGCAUUCGUAUCUGAAAACACUAAACCUGACUGGCAAUCCGUUCAAAGUCAGAGAAUUCACUCGCGAUCAGGCUGAUUUCUUGAACAAUUUGGAGACGUUGUACCUCGCCGCCUCUGAUUUCACUGUGGGACUGGAGUGUGAUGAUAGCGAACAAGUCGCUAUCCACGACGUCACAGUGUGUCUAGGAUCUGGAGUCACCGCUUCUUCCACAGAUACCAGUGCCGAUGCAACCAGUACCACUACAACGGAUACGAACAAUGGCAGCAAAACUACGUCUUCAAGCUCCAAUGGUUCAGACACGAAAGUGUCCAGUACAUCUGAGUCCUCCUCCUCGUCGACAGGUAUGAUCGUCGGAAUCGUUUGCGGAGUGUUGGUCUUGAUUUUCGGAGUGUUUCUCUUCAUUCUCUACCGACGAAAGCAAAAGAAUGCAGCACGACGCAAACUUGACGACUCCUUCGGGUUUACCGGUACACGCUUUCCCUCAAUAGACAGCGACCUUGUACUACAGCAGCCGUACGGUGGUUUAAGAACUUCAGCAGUCUUCGGUAUGGAAAUCCCAAUGACAUCUACAGAGUUCUCGAUGGCCAAUCAAACCGCUGGAGGUGACGAAGAUGACAGUAUGGGGAUCCCUACGUCCGUCGAUGGUAGUAUGGGUAUCCCCACAUCUAAUCAAGGCACUUCUGCGUAUCCUUCGUCCAUGCCCACAGUGGAGGCAGAUGCAAGGAACCCCGACCGGUUCAUGUCGAUCUGGAAUGAUCCUGAUCUCCUGUCGUUACAAGUGCGUGCAGCUGAUGUUAAGGACAUCAAACAACUCGGAAGUGGAGCGUUCGCUAUGGUUUGGUUGGUUCGGUAUCGGGAUUCGCAACUGUUGGCGUCAAAGCGCCUUCGACCCGAGAGACGAACGAAGAAACACACAGCAACGUUCAUCGAGGAGAUCAAGCUUAUCGCCAAGUUUGAUCACCCGAAUCUCGUCAAUUUCGUCGGAGCAGCAUGGACGAUCGAGAGUGAUCUGCAGAUGCUGCUUGAGUAUAUGAACGGAGGUGAUCUUCGACGAUAUCUGGCGGGUCCUCGGACCCCUGUAGGCUGGACUAGAAGGAAGUUUGAUAUCGCUAUUGGAAUCAUCGAAGCGCUGGUAUAUCUACACUCCUUUGUGCCCCCACUAGUUCAUCGCGACUUGAAGUCGAAGAAUGUGCUUCUCUCGUCGGAUUUCAAGGCAAAACUGAGCGAUUUUGGCGCCUCAAGGUUCCGAUCCGUGGAAAACACAAUGACUGGUGGUGUCGGUACUGGUCGGUGGUUAGCGCCUGAAGUGAUUCGAGGCGAUACGGACUACGGUCCGGCUGCGGAUAUCUACAGUUUCGGUGCACUUCUCACUGAAUUGGACACCAACAAGAUCCCGUAUAGCAACGCACGAGGGUCGAACGGCAAGAUUCUGUCGGAUAUGACAAUUCUUCAUCGUGUAGCAACGGGAAAGUUGCAUCCUGAGGUGGGGUCGGAUUGCUCACCCGCUUUGAAGGACCUGGUGGAACGAUGUCUAGUUGAAGACCAAUCUAAACGACCAGCGGCUACGGUCAUUGCGUACGAACUGCGGUUGAUCAAAAAGGACAUGGCGGAAGUAUUUGCGUCUCAAUCAGCCGAUUUAACCAUGAGUGAGCUCAGUUAAGACCGCAAUGCUGCGGUAUGUGUAAAAAAUAUUACAACCGAUAUUUGCUGAGACGGAGUUUAAUGAUGGUUCCCCACCGAUGACAAGGUUAAAUUACACAGAACCAAUGGCCUCCAGCACCCAGAUCACUGGGCUGAAAUAUCCAAGCACUUGAUUUACUUGGAUAGGUGCUUGCUCCGUUCGCGGAAGACACCCAUCCAGCAGCCUUAAUAUGUCAAGAUGAAGGGGGCGUUGAGUAUUCUGCAAUGGUAAUUUUCACCACCAGCGUCGAGAUAAACAGUUUGUUGGCUACAAAGUGACGAUAUUCCUUCCCACACCACAGUAUACGUAGCAAGAGAUCUCAG